AUGGGGGACGGGGAGGCCACAGUGUUAGGACUGCUGGUCACGGAAACACAGAGCGGGGAAAGCAGAGAGCUGCUGAGGAGGGGGAAACGUGCACCGAGCCAUUUUCUUGGAGGAGCCAGUGCCGUUGAUGGGAAGAGGAUGCAUUGUGGGCUGCUGGAGGAGCCUGAUAUGGAUUCCACAGAGAGCUGGAUUGAAAGAUGCCUCAAUGAAAGUGAGAGCAAACGCUACUCCAGCCACACGUCUCUGGGGAACAUGUCCAACGACGAACAUGAGGAAAAAGAAAAUAACAGAGCCUCAAAGCCACAUUCAACACCUGCUACUCUGGAAUGGUUAGAAGAAAACUAUGAGAUAGCCGAAGGUGUGUGUAUCCCCAGAAGUGCCCUCUACAUGCAUUACCUAGACUUCAGUGAGAAGCACGACACGCAGCCUGUGAACGCAGCCAGCUUUGGAAAAAUUAUAAGGCAGCAAUUUCCAGCACUGACUACCAGAAGACUGGGGACAAGAGGGCAGUCCAAGUACCACUACUAUGGCAUCGCGGUGAAGGAGACCUCCCAGUACUAUGAUGUGAUGUACUCCAAAAAGGGGGCGGCGUGGGUGAACGAGACGGGGAAGAAAGAGGUCACGAAGCAGACAGUGGCGUAUUCACCGCGCUCCAAACUGGGGACGCUCCUGCCAGAGUUUCCAAAUGUCAAAGACCUAAAUUUGCCUGCCAGCCUGCCAGAAGAGAGGGUGUCAACCUUUAUAAUGAUGUACAGGACACACUGUCAGAGGAUACUGGACACUGUUAUUCGCGCCAACUUUGACGAGGUCCAGAGCUUCCUGCUGCACUUCUGGCAGGGAAUGCCGCCUCACAUGCUCCCCGUCCUCGGCUCCCCCACAGUGGUAAACAUUGUGGGAGUUUGUGACUCCAUCCUCUAUAAGGCCAUUUCUGGGGUACUGAUGCCCACCGUCCUGCAAGCACUGCCUGACAGUUUAACUCAGGUUAUCCGAAAAUUUGCCAAACAGCUUGAUGAGUGGCUUAAAAUAGCACUUCACGACCUUCCAGAAAACCUGAGAAACAUAAAAUUUGAAUUGUCAAGGAGAUUCUCCCAGAUUCUGAAACGGCAAACAUCACUAAACCAUCUAUGUCAGGCGUCCCGGACUGUGAUAAACAGUGCCGACAUCACAUUUCAAAUGCUGGAGGACUGGAGGAAUGUGGACCUGAACAGCAUCACCAAGCAGACACUUUACACCAUGGAGGACUCGCAGGAGGAGCACAGACAUCUCAUUAUCAACUUGUAUCAAGAGUUUGACCGUUUAUUGGAGGAGCAGUCUCCCAUCGAGGCGUACAUAGAGUGGCUGGACACCAUGGUGGACCGCUGCGUUGUCAAGGUGGCAGGGAAGAGGCCCGGGUGCCUGAAGAAGGUGGCCCAACAGUUCCUGCUGAUGUGGUCAUGUUUUGGUACCAGAGUCAUCCGGGACAUGACCCUCCACAGUGCGCCCAGCUUCGGGUCCUUCCACCUGAUCCAUCUCAUGUUUGACGAUUAUGUUCUUUAUCUGCUGGAGUCGCUGCACUGCCAGGAGAGGGCCAACGACCUCAUGAGGGCCAUGAAAGGCGAGGGCAGCACGGCAGAGCGGGAGGAGGAUUUCACCAUGACAGAAACCGCCCCCACCUCCCCGUCUCCUGGCUCUUACUCCCCGACCCGGUCGGUUCACUCUGUGGGCGUGUCCUCGGCCAGCUCCCCCACGGCGGCCGUGUCCCCCGAGUACACCGGGGUCCCCGCCACCACAGGCGCUGUUCAGUCAUAUACCUGGUCCCUUACGUACACAGUGACAACGGCAGGCGGCUCCUCCCCCGAGGCCGGCCAGCAGCUGUCCUGCAUGAGGAGCAGCGCCCCAGUCCCUUCUCCAUCCUCCACCCACAGGAUGCCAGUCUACACCCACAGAGACGAGCACGGGUAUACGGGUAGCUACAACUACAGCGGUUACACCAACCAGCAUCCCCACGCCAUUCAGAGCCAGUACCCGAGUCUGGCCCACGAGCCAGCCAUCCCGGCCCCCCUCCACUACUCCGCCUACCACCGCUCAUCUGCACAGUACCAGCAGAUGUCUCGAAUGGAGCCUUGUUUGAUGGGCAGCACUCCUCGUUUGCACCCCACACCUGUCGCCCCCCGGUGGCCAGAUGUGUCCCCUGCCAACAGCUGUUACACCAGCCCACCUAUGCAUUCGUCCCGAUACGGCACCUCCGGGGACAUGUACUCUCCCCUUGGCCCUCGCAGGAACUCAGAGUAUGAGCACUCGCAGCAUUUCCCUGGCUUCGCCUACAUCAACGGGGAGGCCACCACAGGCUGGGCCAAAUAGAGUCCAGACACUUAUUCGGACAUUUGUGAACAAGCUCCACGCCUGAAAAGCCGACAGGGGCAAGGUCCCCGGACACUUUCAGCAAAGGGCAUCCAGAAUAAGGAGCAGGGGCCGAGAAGUACCGGCGUCUGGUCGCACUGACAAUUCGAAAAGACACAUUCCAUCAGUCGCUCUGAUGAUUGUGGCAUCAUUUGUUCAGAAGGGGAAAUAUGAAAUCCUAAAGAUAUUCAAAACUUGCAGCUAAAUCGUUUGAAGAGUGCAAUGCUGCUGCCAAGCUGUGCCUUUGUUUUGAGGAAUGUACGCCUGCCAGAGUUUUCCUCGUCGGUGCACGACGUCGUCCCACCAACCAGCAGUGGUCACGGACUUCAGUACAAUCCCAGAGACAGAGCGUUCUCCUCCCGUUGUUCAGCACUGUGCAGCAUCCUGCCGCCAUGAGCUGCACCGUCUUAACCCUCGGUGACCUUCAUCGAUGUGUUAAGGUGUUGUCUUUUUUAAUAGUUUUUUUUAUGAGUAAGUGCUGUGACUUAAAAAACAAGAGUACUCUGUUGCAAGCUUUUCGGCUAUUUUCUUGUGACUGU